AUGAAGCGAAUAUAUAACUUAAAUUUAAUAAUACAAAAAACUCUAAAAUAUGAAAAAACGAAAAUGGUGUUCUGGUAUUUUUGGUUUCUUUCUUUCGCUUUUGAACAACCAGACAAACCCAAAGAACCCGAAAAACAGUCAGAAGCAUCAGGUACAACAUUUCCAUCACUUGAACCACUUCAACAAGAUUUGCCAUCAUCAAGUGAACAAGUUGUCAGAAGAAGAGUUCCAAGGACACAACAACAACAAGCUCAACCAACUCCACUUACGUUUCAAUUACAUCCUUCAACAAUCAAAAAAUUACGACCAUUUUCACAAUGUAAAAAGUACAUAAAAUUCGAAAAGAAAUUUGAAUUUUUGAUGUUAGUUCAGUAUUGGCCUGGUGGUCGUUGUUAUGAUUAUAAAUGUUCUUUGCCACAAACACUUCCUCAAUUAAAAGAGAGUUUUUGGCUUCAUGGACUUUGGCCACAAUUUAUUUUGAACAGAAACAUGUUUUGUUGUUGGUCUCCUUUUAACGUGUUUCAAGUUGAAAGCCAAUUAAUUAAAAAUGAACCUUUGUUUCAGGAAAUCAAAGAGUUUUGGCCAUCAGUGGAUUCUUGCAAAUUGAGUCUUUAUCAAUAUGACAAACAUGGUGCAUGUUCGCUCACUACUUAUGAGGGUAAAGAUGGUCCUUUUGACUAUUUUAGAAUGGCUAUUGAAUUAUGGAAGAAAAAUGAUGUUUGGAAAAUACUAAAAGACAGUCGUUUGAAAGUUGAAACGAACAAAUUGUAUAAAUUAGACAAUUUGAAGGAAAUAAUAUCAAAUGCUUAUGGAGGAAAAGUGGCGUUUAUGUGUCGAGAUUUGACUUCUAUUUAUGAAAUAAGAGUGUGUUAUGACCACAAAAUAAAUAAAUAUGACCCAACACCAAUUGACUGUCCUGUAAAGGUGUUCAAAGAAGAAAAAAGAAGUUGUGCAGACAUGGUAUUGUUCAAGGAAUUUCCAUUUUAUUUGUUGAAUAUCGAGACUGCACCCAAAAACAAUUGCGUGUAUUAA